AUGCCGGUAACCCACCUGCUUGACGAUGUUGUCCAUCAAAGGCAGCGAAUCAGUGUCGGCGCUGAAUGCUGCGUCUGGGAAGCCCAGGCCAACAAGGCCGUCAAAUGGCAGGUCACCAAAGGGGUGGUCACUCUCGUAGGUGGCCAGCCCCAGAGACUGAUUCUUGACUUCCAGCGGGCCGAUCCUGACGGUGUCAGAUCCAAGUGCCAGGACUGCAAGGUAAUCAGCUACGUCAUGUGCUCACGUACCGCAUUCUCCGGUGCCGUACUGUAUGUACGCGUUGGAGGCAGCACUACCAGGUGCCGCUUCCUUGUACGUGCUCGACUGCGUGGAGUCGAAUUGCCUGUGCCUGGCACAUCCGUUGCUGUAGGCAUUUUAGAAACAGCGCCAUUUGCACGCCUUACCUCGAACACUGCUUUGAAGGAAUCCAGAGUUGGCUAG